UCAAGAGUUAUUCUGCUGAGGUGAUAUUUUAUUGCAAUGGAUUCGGGACCAGCUCAGGAGGUUACUGAGCUGCUGAGGCAAUGGGAGGAGCAGCACACAUCUCCCGUAUACGAUCCUAUACCGACUUUGACAAGGAUAGCAGAAAUAAUCGAAGCUGAAACUGAGAACUUUAUGAAGAAGGAUCCGGACCCGUUCGAUGAGAGACACCCCUCGCGGACCGACCCCGAGUGCGCGUUGGGGCACGCGCUUAAAGUUAUGUUCAAAAAAGACAAUUUUAUGACUAAGUUAGUAAACGAUUACGUCCGCGACACUUACUAUUCGAGGCAGAACAUAACAGGGAGGGACGUACACAAGCUGAACGUUGCGGCGUGUCGACUCACGCUUGACCUAAUGCCGGGCCUCGAAAUGAGCGUCGUGUUUCAGGAUAACGAAGCCCUAAUCCACCGUCUGGUGAACUGGGCGACGAAUUCUACUGAACCACUUCAGUGCUAUGCCACAGGUCUACUAGCGGCGGCAAUGGAAGUACAAGAAAUUGCGACUAACUUCAGAGAUCUGAACGCGAUGUUGAUACCCCUAAUGCUGAAGAGGCUUCACGAGCUGAGGAACAAGACUCAGGAGGAGAGACCAAAUCAAAAUUUAAUAACACCGCCAAACCAGACGAGACACUUUGCACGUUUUGAUAAGAAAAGGAGUAAUGACAUUAAAUGUAAUGGACCAACACCUGAUAAAAAAGAUCGCGAGAAAGACGAAGGCGGAGGGGGAGAUAUGUUGGUCGAUGAGACUCCGCCAGUCGUCAAGAAUCCUGAGACUCCAGUCAAGAAUAACAGCUCGUGCGUGGCGCCCCUCCACGGGCUGAUGUCCCCCCCCGGGAUGAUGUCCCCCCCCGGGAUGAUGUCCCCCCCCGCGCGCCCGCCGCCGCUCGCGCACGAGACCUCCUCCAACUCCAGCUGGGCCGAGAUGGAGACCUACGUCAUCGGCAACAUACAAAUCCACCCACCGACAGACGCUACCAAACAAAUGUUAAUACUUAGAUAUUUAACGCCAAUGGGCGAGUACCAAGAGUUCCUGUCGCACGUAUUUGAGAAGAACGCCCUAGGUCUCAUCCUAGGAUACCUGAACGUGCGCGAGUCCAGGGACUCGAGAUUAGCCUUCGAGGCGCUCAAGUACCUCGCCGCUCUGCUCUGUCAUAAGAAGUUUUCUAUCGAUUUCAUUAAUAUGGGAGGGUUACAGAAGUUCCUUGAAGUCCCUCGGCCUUCAGUGGCGGCGACGGGGGUAUCAAUCUGCCUCUACUACCUUGCCUACUGUGAGGAUGCUAUGGAACGCGUGUGCCUCAUGCCGCGUCAUACUCUCGCUGACCUCGUCAAGUACGCUCUGUGGCUCCUCGAGUGCUCCCACGACUCGGGCCGCUGUCAUGCGACCAUGUUCUUCGGCUUGUCUUUCCAAUUUCGCGUCAUACUUGAGGAGUUCGACAACCAGGACGGUCUCCGCAAGCUGUACAACGUGAUCUCUACGCUCCCGAUUCUUGGCUCGGAGGAGGAGGAGUCGCGAGUGUCGGACGACGAGACGUGCGCCGCGCGCCAGAUCGUGCGCCACGUGUGCGUCGCGCUGCGCAGAUACUUCGAAGCUCAUCUGAGGAUACGCGCAGCGCAAGUCGCACGACAGCAGGGAGAUAAUGUGCCAGAACCACCACCCUACAAAGCGUCCAAGUCGAGCGCUGAGGAGAUACAGGAGCAGAUCGAGCUGGUGCAGGGCGCGGCGUGGGCGCGCUGGCCGCCCGUCGACGAGCUCCUGGAGCUGGGCGGCGUGGCGCUGCUGCUGCAGGUCGUGGGCUAUGCCUACGACUGGAACUUUAACGGCAGGGCGGAGACGGUGCGGUCCGCGCUCGACGUGGUGUCCGUGUGCUGCGUGGCGCCGCGCGUGCAGCUGCUGCUGACCGAGAAGAUCGACAUGCGCGACGCCGACCUCACCACCGGCGUCCACAUCGUGCUCGGCGCGGCAGACGGCGACAUUGUGCCCGAGCCUGAGGUGCAGAAAGCGGCGCUCAACGUGCUUGUUAACUGCGUAUGCGCACCCGUGCAUCGCGCGGGCGCAUCAACAUCUCGCUUCUCAAUAACCGGGUCAGCUAAGAAGAAAACUACCGCCAAAUCAUAUGAAGACGUCAUACAGAAGGUGUGGGAGAGCGUGCGGACAAAUAAUGGGAUUAUGGUGCUGUUAUCGCUGAUGAUGGUGAAGUCCCCCAUCACGGACGCGGACCGGCUUCGAGGCCUGGCGUGCCGCGCCCUGGCCGGCCUGGCGCGCUGCCCCACCGUGCGGCAAAUUAUCUCCAAGCUGCCGCUCUUUACCACCUCACACCUGCAAGUUCUGAUGCGUGACCCAAUUCUGCAGGAGAAGCGACAGGAACACGUAAUGUUCCAGAAGUAUGCGCUGGAACUGCUGGAGCGAGUUUCCGGCAAGAGUAAACAUAUGGGUGCCGAGUUCGAGACCUCGUUGGCAAACAUACAUCGGGCGAACGUGGUGGCGCAGACGCGGAUCAGCUACAACGAGCGCCAGCUGCUGCAGCUGGUGGCCGAGCACCUGCGCGCGCGCGGCUUCAAGGACAGCGCCGCCGCCCUCGUGCGCGAGGCGCGCCUGCCCGCCCCCGCGCCCGCCCCGCCCGCGCCCACGCCCCCGCCGCCGCCCGUCUACACGCCGGCCACGCCCUCCCGGCCGCGCCUGUCCGUGUCGCGCACGAGCAGCUGCGGCGCGCUGCACCGCGACAGCGUGGAGCACGCGCACGCGCACGGCGCUUCUAACGCGCACGAGGACAGCCCCGUGCCGGGUGUCAUCAAGCUGAGGAAGGUGCAGAGCCCGGCGCUGGCGGCGGCCGCGCCCGGCGAGCACAAGCGCUCGCUGCAGAAGCAGCUGAGCGCGGCGGGCGGCGACCGGCCGCCGUCGCCGCCGCGCGUCAGCCUGCACUCCAUCAUCACGGAGUACCUGUACAACCAGCACGCGCUGUGCAAGAACCCCGUGGUGACGUGCCCGCAGUUCAACCUGCUGGAGCCGCACGCGUGCCCCGCGCCGGCGGGCGGCGGGCUGGCGUCCGUGGGCGUGCGCGGCGCGGACGCGGCCAGCGUGCUGGCGCGCGUGGUGCGGCGCGAGCUGGGCGCGCCCCCCCACGCCCCGCCCCACACGCGCGCGCACGCCCGCCUGGCGCACGCGCACUUCGCGCACGUGCGCACGCUGCGCCUGCAGGACGACGACGCCUACUUCACGCACACCGUCUUCCACCCAACGCAACAACAGCUGCUGACGGCGACGUCCUCCGGAGACAUUCGGAUAUUCAACUUGUUCACGGGCGUCGAGGAAAACUCCUACCAGGUUCACGAGUCCUACAUAUACCACAUGCAGGCGAGUAGAGACGGCGGUUUACUGCUGGCUUCCUCGACAACCUCCUGGCGAACGUUGUCCGCGCUCUGGAACAUGAAGGAGUUCGAACAGUUAUUCCAGUUGGACAACGAAGAGUACGUGGAGUUCUCGAAAAUGUCAGACGAGCGUAUCAUCGGCACGAAGGGCGAGACGGCGAGCAUCUUCGACACGCGCACCGGCCAGGAGCUCAUGACCCUCACGCCGGCCAUCAGCAACCAGUACGCCAAGAACCGCGCCACCUUCAACCCCACGGACGAGCUGGUCCUCUCAGAUGGAGUUCUCUGGGACGUGAACACGGGGAAAGAAAUACACAAGUUCGACAAACUCAACCAGACACACAGCGGGGUCUUUCACCCUAAUGGAUUAGAGGUAAUUUCAAACACGGAGGUAUGGGACCUAAGAACGUUUCACCUGCUGAGGACAGUGCCUUCUCUCGACAAGUCUGAGGUGAUCUUCAACCCCACAUGUAGUGCAAUUUACGCUGUCUGUUCCGACCAAGAUUCAGAGGAGAGAAGCCAGUUCGACACCAGCUUCAAGACCCUCGACCCCUACGACUACUCCAGCAUCGCGACCAUCGACGUGAAACGCAACAUCUACUCGCUGGGCGUGUCGCGGUUCGGGACUCAGAUCUCUCUCGUGGAGAACCUCGGGGACUUCGAGCAGGUCCAGGAGUCCUGCGUCAAGCUCUACGACGUGGGGCGCAAGAGGGACCACGACGACGACGCGGAGGAGGAGGAAGAGGAGGAGCUGGCGGGAGGCUCCGACAACGACGAUGGUUCCGACUCCGGCUCCGACAACGACGACGACGACGACGGUGACCUGCUGCGCAACGCGGUGCUGGGGCUGGCGGACGGCUCGGCCUCCGGCGACUCCUCGGGCGAGCAGGAGCCCGCGCGCCGCCGCGUGCGCACGCGCAGGCGGGCGGCGGCGGAGGGCCGCAGCAGUGACAGCGACGCGGACAUAGACUUCGACAAUAUCAUCGAGUUUGAGCUUAACUAACACAGGAAUAAACGUUAUGAACGA